AUGACCGAUCAGAAGGCUCUUCAUCCAGUUUAUUCGGUGACGAAUAUUCAAACCAAAGUUCGAACACUAGACGGUGUCAAGGUUACCUACACUUCGUGGGCAAAGCUCUUCAAGCUUCAUGCUAAAGGCUAUGAAGUACUCAACCACAUCGACGGUACGGAACCCCCAUCAAAAGAUGACGAGAGUUACGACUCUUGGGUCAAGAUCCAUGCGAUUGUGUUGCAGUGGAUCUAUGGUACGUUGUCCGAUGAUCUCUUGGUUCGAAUCCUCGACUACGAAACCACAACCCAAAAGGCUUGGAACAAGAUUCAAACGAUUUUUCAAAACAAUAAAAACUCGCGGGCGUCGUCUCUCAUGCAUGCGUUUACAACAACCACGUUGGCCUCCUGUUCAUCGUUGAAUGACUACUUUCACAAACUCAAAGACAUCGCCGAACAACUCAGCGAUGUAGACCAACCCGUUAUAGAAUCAAGAUUGGUGCUUCAGAUGGUUCAAGGCCUUCCGCCGGAGUUUGAUACCACUGCUCAGUUCAUCAACCAAUCCAACACUUCGUGGGAUGAUGCUCGGGAUAUGAUCGACCGGGAGCAGCGAAGACAAGCGGCUCGACAACAACACUCGGCUUUCGCCGCUCCACGCACGGGUCAGACACCAGGCAUUCCCGCCCCUCCUCUGCCGGUUCACCCAGGUCAACAAUUUGAUCAGUAUGCCUAUCGGCAAAAUAACAAAGGACGCGGCCGUGGUCGAGGUUACCGGGGCGGCCGGGGCCGUGGUCGUUACAACCAGGGAGGAUAUUAG